UCAGGCCGCCAGAGAAGCGGCACCGUACCCGUCCCCGACCGACACCACCAACACCCCCUGCCCCCAUCAAACAGCACCUGCCUUCACAAAGCAAAGCUAGGGCAUCAGCGGCUCAGACUUUACUCUCCUCCCCCCUUUCCCCACCCCCUCCCCCAUUCCACCGGACCAUCUGCUCUGAUUCAGCCGCAGGCGGGCGGGCAGGCGGGCAGCCACUGGACAAGAUGAGCGAUACUGGACUCUACUCGCUAGACGACAUGGACAUUUGCUCCGUGCCCGUUCCCGCGCCCCCCGAACGAGCCUCCGCCACCCGGCGGAGCCGAGGAUCCAGCGGAUCGACCAAGUCUACCUCAGGGAACAAGUUACCGAACGCCAUCACCAUCGCCGUAUCCUCACGGACACUCUUCAACAUGGCAGAGGAAAGGGCUAUCUAUGAGACUGAUGGGCUGGAGUCCUACGUUAAGUUUCAGCAGGAACACGAGAACGAGCCACUCAAGAAAGGAUUAGCCUUCGCCUUAAUGAAGGCACUGGAAGCUGUUAAUUUACGGCUACAUGAACUUUAUCCUGGGAGUGAUGAAGUAUUUGAUGUGGUUCUAAUGACAAAUAACCAUGCCCAAGUGGGAGUGAGGCUCAUAAACAGCAUCAAUCACUAUGGUUUGUCAAUUGAUAGAUUUUGUUUGACUGGUGGAACAAGUCCUAUUAGUUACCUAAAAGCAUAUCAAACCAACUUGUAUCUCUCAUCGGAUCCUGUUAAAGUAGCAAAGGCUCUAAGUGAAGGAAUUGCAGCAGCUACACUGUGUCAUCUGGACAAAGAUGCACAGCUCUCUGAGCAGCAAUUAAGAGUGGCUUUUGAUGGAGAUUCGUUUGUGACUCAAGAAUCGAAUGAGAAACCUUCAAAGAAUUAUCUGAUGGUUGAUUCGCCCUCUGAUUACGAGUCCAUGCAGCAGACUGGAAGAGGUGGAGCACCUGAACCAGGAAAGGAGCCUAUCAAAGAAUUUCUGGAACUACUUGGAGGAGUCCAGCGCAAGUUUUUUGACAAAAAUGAACGUUUGAAAUGCCCUAUCCGAACAUACUUACUCAUGCUCGGAGGUCCCUCAAGCAAAGGAGCAACAGCUUUGCAGAACAUUCGUAAAUGGGGCUUGGAGAUUGAUGAAGCACUCUUCCAUGUUGGUUCAAUGAAAAAUUCACUUCUAAAGAAAAUUCGACCUCACAUUUUGUUUCAUGUCUAGGCGAUCAUAACAAGUGCUAGCACUAAGCCCUGCUUCCGUUUCUGGUACUAUCACCAAACAAUAGCAAGGGGGAAGGGGGCUGAAAAAUCAUGUUGGUUGCGCUGUUUAAGAAUAAAACCUGUGCCUGUCAAAAGCAGUUUCGAGCUAUAGCAUUUUUGGAUUCCAAGUACACUUCUUACUGCAUAGAGUCAUAGAGUGAUACAGUAUGGAAACAGGUCCUUCGGCACAACUUGCCCACACCGGCCAACAUGUCCCGGCAACACUAGUCCCACCUGCCGGCAUUUCGUCCAUAUCCCUCCAAACAGGUCCUAUCCAUGUACCUGCCGAACUGCUUCUUAAAUGUUUGGAUAGUCCCUGCCUCAACUACCUCCUCUGGCAGCUUAUUCCAUUCAUUCACCACCCUUUGUGUGAAAAGGUUACCCCUCAGAAUCCUAUUAAAUCUUUUCCCCUUCACUGUUAACCUAUGUCCUCUGGUCCUCGAUUCACCUACUUUGGGCAAGAGACUGUGCAUCUACCCGACCAAUUCCACUAUCAAUCUCAUAGUCCCAGUUUACUCAACCUCUGACUAAAGUUGAGACCCUCUAGACCUGGAAACAUCCUCGUAAAUUUUCUCUGUACCCUUUUCAGCUUGACAACAUCUUUCUUAUUACACAGUGCCCAGAACUGAACACAAUGCUCCAAAUGUGGUCUCACCAAUGACUUAUACAACUGCAACAUGACCUCUCAGCUUCUAUACUCUGGCUUAUGAAGGCCAAUGUGCCAAAAGCGUUUUUUGAUCACCCGAUCUAUCUGUGACUCCGCCUUCAGGGAGCUAUGCACUUGCACUCCGAGAUCCUUCUGCUCUACAACACUACCCAGACCCCAACCAUUCGUUGUGUAGGUCCUGCCCAUGUUAGACUUCACAAAGUGCAGCAUUUCACAUUUUUCUGCAUUAAAUUCCGUCAACGAUUCCGAUUUCUGCAAAACCACCCACUUUUGUAUCAUCUGCAAACUUGCUAAUCUUGAUGUGUAUGUUCUCAUCCAAAUCACUGAUAUAGAUGACAAACAGUAACGGGCCCAGCACCGAACCCUGAGGUACACCACUAGUCACAGGCCUCCAGUCCGAGAAGCAACCACCUUCCAACAUCACCCUCUGUUUCCUUCAUUAAGCCAAUUUUAUAUCCAUUCAGCUAUCUCUCCUUGGAGAAAUACAAUCUCACCAUCUAGAGCUGCCUACCAUGAUGAACCUUGUUGAAUGCUUUAGUAAAGUAAAUAUAUACGACAUCUAUAGCUCUGCCAUCAUCGACCUAUUUGGUCACGUCUUUAAAAAA